AAUUCAUAAAAGCCCGGAUAUGCUGCUAUAUUUUUGUUUGUAUCGCCGCUGACUAGUGCCUAGCAACAACCACCUGCGCAAAAUUCAAAAUGGCGGGAGGAGGGCUCCAUAGUUCGGUAUUUCUUGUAAUGGUCUCUGGUCAGAUAGAGUCUGCAAGGUUUCCCGAAUUUGACGAUUUGUACUGCAAGUACAGUUUUGUUUAUGGUCAAGACUGGGUCGUUACGUCUGGUUGGGAAGAAGGAAUUUCUCAGACCACUAAAAAGAGUUUGGAUAGACGGCAGGUCUUUGUUUUCAAUUUUCCAUUGGACAUUACUUUCAAAAGUACAAGUCCUUAUGGAUGGCCUCAACUAGUGGUGAGUUGCUAUGGCUUGGAUGCUUUCGGUCAUGACGUAGUGCGAGGAUAUGGAGCUGUACAUGUUCCUAUCUCUCCAGGAAGCCACACAAGAGAGAUGCCAAUGUUUGUUCCUGAGUCAUCAUCAAAAUUUCAAAAGUUUACAAGUUGGUUCCUUGGUAGAAGACCUGAGUUUGUGGACCCAAAAGUUGUAGCACAAGGUGAAGGAAGAGAAGUGACAAGAGUAAGAUCACAAGGAAGUGUGAAAGUGACAUUCAGCGUAGUGACUCGUGAUAUGAAGAAACUUGGUUAUGACACAGAACCUGCCAGUGUUGCUAUUUCGCAUCUAGCUCCUGGGAACAGUGGAAUCACCACAAUAAGACCAGAAUCUCAGAUGCAUAGUGCAGAAAGCCAUUCAUAGUUAUCUACAAACACAUUGUAAACAUCCAAAGACCUGGGUGGGAACAAAGUGGUUACCCUAAAGUACCGGUACAUAUAAAAGGAGAUCUGGUGUAAAAGGAUGGUAGCCCCAAUAUUGUUUGCAAUGUGUUGACAUUUUUUGCUGAUUAUCUCUAAUUUCACUGGGAAAAAAGCAUUUUGAGUCUCCUGUGAUCUGGUUAGAUACUCAGAAUUGUAUUCAUACAUUUGUUUCAAGUGGGGGAGAAGUGUUGUGUGACGACCCUGAAAACAGCUGCGAAGGAGACUAGUUUUUCCUCAACUUGUUUUAAAUUACAAAAAUCGUGUUCUUUGAUGGCAGAAUGAUUUGAAGUUGUCACUUCCACUGUCAAAAUACAAGACAAAAUCUGAUAGACAAUCGAGCAAUUUCAGUUUUUAGUGGACAAAAAUCAGGUACCAGAAUAACUUUAAGUAUUUUGCAGUCCUUUUUGCAUUUUUUAUGUAAAUAUUUGCCUGAAAUAACCCUGAAAAUGAUUUCCCAGGGGAACGCAAGAAAAUAAAUUUCAAAGUUCAGAGAAAUUGUACUAACACAGGUAAAAUUUCAUAAUCA